GUAGUGUUAUUUAGUCGUGGAUACAUUCUUGGAUAAAUGCACCCGAGACCGACCAUCACAACACUUCUGCUCUCUGAUUUCAUAUGAAUCAGUCAGACACGCCGCGAGCGCUGGAAACUUCAACCCUGAGAUCUGAUGCUCAACAGGUUAAUUGCGUUUGAUCACUUCAAGAGUGCAUCUGCACUGAUUGUGAGGCUUGCAAAUACAUCGAUGAUGGAUUUCCAGGCGGUUCUGGGCGAUUUCAUUCAGCUGUCCGCGCGGAGUGUUUUACUGUCGCUGCUGGUGUGUUUAACGCUCAUGCUCUGGCGUCGUUCCGGUCGGCGGCAGCUACCGGGUCCGUUCUCUUGGCCGGUCAUCGGUAACGCCGCUCAGCUCGGUACCUCACCUCACUUUUACUUCACCCGGAUGGCUCAGAAAUACGGCGACGUGUUUCAGAUCAAGCUGGGCAGCCGAAACGUGGUGGUUCUGAACGGAGACGCAAUUAAAGAGGCGCUAAUUAAAAAAGCUGUCGAUUUCGCCGGCAGACCCGAUUUCGCUUCGUUCCGGGUCGUGUCCAAUGGGAAAAGCAUGGCGUUCGGUAACUACAGCCAGUGGUGGAAACUGCAUCGGAAGAUCGCGCACAGCACCGUGAGAAACUUCUCCACAGCCAACAUCCACACCAAGCAGACGUUUGAGAAGCACAUCGUGUGCGAGAUCGGAGAGCUCAUCCGCUUGUUUCUGAAUAAAUCCCGCGAGCUGCAGUACUUCGAGCCUCACCGGUAUUUGGUGGUGUCGGUGGCGAACACAAUGAGCGCCGUUUGCUUCGGGAACCGGUAUUCGUAUGAUGAUGAGGAAUUCCAGCAGGUGGUGGGCAGAAAUGAUCAAUUCACUAAGACAGUCGGAGCUGGAAGCAUCGUGGAUGUGAUGCCUUGGCUGCAGUACUUCCCAAACCCAAUCAAAACGCUCUUUGACCAGUUUAACGCGCUCAACAAGGAGUUUAACGAGUUCAUUGAUUCCAAAGUGGCGGAGCACCGCAAGACUCUUUUACUGAGCCUCGUCCGUGACAUGACUGACGCCUUCAUCUUUGCUCUGGAUAAAGGGCCGUCAGGGGCCCCGGGGGUCUUUCUGGAUAAAGAAUACGUGCCACCGACCAUCGCAGACAUUUUUGGGGCCAGUCAAGACACUCUAUCUACGGCUCUACAGUGGAUCAUUCUGUUACUAGUCAGGUAUCCAGAAGUCCAGAAACGUCUUCAGGAGGACGUCGACAAAGUAGCGGAUCGCAGUCGUCUUCCAACCAUCGCAGACCAGCCUCAUCUUCCAUACGUCAUGGCUUUCAUCUACGAAGUCAUGCGAUUCACCUCGUUCGUCCCUGUAACGAUUCCCCACAGCACGACCACGGACACGUCCAUCAACGGUUAUCCCAUCCCUAAAGAUACCAUCAUUUUUGUCAACCAGUGGUCUUUGAACCACGACCCGACCAAAUGGGACCAACCAGAGGUAUUCAACCCACAGCGCUUCCUGGAUGAGGAUGGAGCUCUCAAUAAAGACUUAACCACCAACGUGCUGAUCUUCUCCGUGGGGAAGCGUAGAUGCAUUGGAGAAGACCUGUCCAAGAUCCAGCUUUUCCUCUUCACCUCCUUGCUGGUCCAUCAGUGUAGUUUUAUAGCAGAAGCUACUCCCAGCAUGGACUAUCUGUAUGGGCUCACGCUUAAACCCAGAUCCUUUAAAGUGUCUGUCACACUCCGUGACACCACAGAACUGCUUGAGAGUUUGGUAGGAACGUCUCAGACUCCUACACAAAAGAGACAGAGACCUCAAGUUUGAAGGGAAAUCAAAGCAUGCAACUU